UGAUCAAUAUGGCUGUAUUUUUAUUUUUAUUGAAUUAUGGUAAGAGAUCGUUUGGAAAUAAUGGCUGAUAAAGCCCGUUUAGAGAAGAUUGCUUCUGCUAGAAAAAAGCUUAAGAAAUUUCAAGACAAGAAAGGACCUUCUUCGACGCCGCCUAAAUUGCCGAUCAAGCCUGCAACAGUUGAAACAAGCCAAGGAGAAGUAAAAAAUGAUUUUGAGGUUGUUAAUGCUUCACCAAUUGAUCAAACUUUGAAAAAUGGAUCCUAUUCUUCACCUUCAGUUAACAAAAUCAAACAGAUGUUAAAUGGUUUUGCUAAGCAGGAACUGGAAAAUGGUGAAGAUCCAAUAAUCUCAGAAAUAGAUGCAUUAGAGAGAAGAAAUUCUGAUUUGGAGAGAAAUUUAUCAUCACAUAAACGGAACAAUGAACAGCUAGGAAACCAUGUGAAUGAACAGAGAAAACAAAUUAUCCAACUUCAAGAGCAGAUCAAAAAAGAAAGAACAGAGCUUGCAAAUAGACAACUUUUGGAACAAAGGUCUUUGAAAGAGCAACUUGAAGUACAUAUUCAGACGAUUGGUAUUCUUGUGUCAGAAAAAUCUGACCUGCAAACCACAUUGGCACAACUACAAAAGAAAUUUAAAACAAAAGAUAAUGAAUGUUCGGAGUUGUCCAGUCGUGUUCAAAAGUUGAGACAUCAAAAUGCUGAGCACGAACGAGACAUUGCUACACAGAAAAGCAAGUUGGAAAAGUUUUCCGAGGAAAAUAGCGAGCUUCGGAAAGAUCGGGAUCGAGUUCAGACGUUAAAUUACACCUUAAACCGAGAGAAAGAAGAUCUACAACAACAAAGUUCUGAAAUUAGGCAGAAGUUACAAGGAAAAGUGAACGAAUGUUUGUCUUUGGAAAAAUCUAAAGAUGAAACAGCAAAGAAAUUCAACGAAACACAGCUUCUCAUACAACAGUUGUCAAACAAUCCGUCCGCAUCAGCAGUUCAAGAGUUGACUAAACAAUUACGUGAUGAAAAGGCAGAACUCGAGCAAAAAUUAGAAAAGCAAACCGCGUCCUUACAAAAAUUAGCCACCGAUAAAGGACAAAUAAUAGAAAGACACAAUCAAGAGGUUGAACAAUAUGAAUUUAAACUACAGAAACUUGUUGAUCUGAAUGAACAACUUGAAAAUCACAGACUUCAAUGGACAGAGAUGCAGCAGGAAUAUGAAGAAACUAUUACCGAAUUGCGAAAAAGUCUUGAUCAACUUAACGACGAAGAAGCCAGCCAUCAAUCUGAAGCAACGAGACUUGCUGCACAAGAAAUACAAAAACUCGUCGAGGAAAAAGAAAGUUUAGCAAAGUAUUUACAACAACAGAGCGAUGCAAAUGACAAAUUAAAUCGUGAACUUGCGGAGAGUGAGGCAAAAGUUACAGAACUGGAGAACAUUGUGGCGAACUUGAGUCGUGAAUCACAAGACAAACGAGAAUUGUUAGAAAGCAUCCAGAGUGAUAAAGAAACGAUAAGCAAGGCACUGCAACAAAACAAAGAACUCAAGGAGCAACUGGGAGAACUGGAAAGCCGUUUCAUUGAGAUGAGUAAUGACAACAUGGAAUUAACAAGCACUCUUGAAUCAGAAAGACACGCUAGCAGAGAUAUAGGAGAGAAAUUGAGUGAAAAAACAAUGGAACUCGCAGAGACUCAACAGAUGUUAUCAAACAGUCAAGCUGAUAUUGACAAUCUAAACAAGAGUCUCAAUGAACAAAUCGAAGUUAACGCUAAAAACCAACAUUUUGAAGCACAAGGACGUCUGACCGAUGUCUUGCAUCAGGAAUUACAGUCUGCACAAGACACUAUCAACCAACUUUCAAGUCAAAAUAGCGAACUGAAGGAACUACUUAUUGUAGAGGAACGCAGACACUACAGUCAAGUGGAAAAUAUCAACCACCUUGAUGUUACUCCCGAGAGCGACAGCGUUCAGCAAAUGCCAGAUCUCGUUCUCAAGACGGGUGAUGCUCGUGUAGAAAGCGAUCCUGUUGACGAAUCUAACGUUUCUGAAGAUGAAGAUAGUUGGCCGAGUGAGAGUGAUUCAGAAUUUGUUGACGAACCAGAGAUGACAACAUCAUAUUCUGCUCCAACGACGUACAGCAACAGAGAAGAUGUGGUGAGCUCAAUGUCUGCCUCGAUCAGACAGUUAGAAAUGGAACGAGAUCAACUCCGGCAUCAGCUUUCAGAAGUCUCAGACAAAUCACAAUCUGAAAUCAACAUUCUUCAGCAACACAUGGAAAUGCAGAUACAUCAACAGGUCCAACAACGACAACGAGACUUGUUGGAACAAGUACACGAACAACUUCACGAACAGCAACAACAGAUCAGCGCUUUGCAACAACUUGUUCAGAAACAGAAACUACAAAUUGAAAAUCAAGAUCUUGCCGUCGAUGAAAUCAAUUUGGAGAAUGCUGCUAUACCGGUUGAACAACUGAAACCAGCAUUUGCCAAACUGCAGACGAGGUUUUUGCAAAUCAUGAACGAAAAGGCAGAACUUUUAGAUAAAGUACAAGAACUUGAACAUAUAUGCCAACAGUUAUCGGCUGAAACAGAAACAAUAGGAGAAUAUAUUUCAUUGUAUCAAAUGCAGAGAACUGCUUUGAAAAAGUAUUAUCAUGAGAGAGAAAAAUUAAUUACUCAUUUAUCCAAUGAACGUGCCCAGAUGCAGGCAAAGAUUGGGCAGCUUCAGUCGCUGGUCAUGCAGCAAAUUCAAGGCCGUAUGCACCACCGUGAAAAUCACGAGAGAAGUAGUGCUCGAGAGACAAUACAUCGAAAUGUAGACGAAAAGUUUUCGAAAACCCUAGACAAUGACAGCAGUGCCCAAAACCGUAUUGAGGCGCUUAGGCGAACUGAUACUCAGGACGAGCAGGAGACUGCGUCCGAGUCUAGUGCCAUAUCCCUAGGACUAGAAGCGGUCGACUUGGAAGACCUGGAGGAAUUGGCAGCCAAGGAUGGCACAACACAGCAAAUUUUGCAAAUAUUUAAUCAAUUAAACGUUUCGGGUGAGGGUGUUCAAGCGGGCUGGUUCUCACCCGCUGCCCGCAAACAUCAUUUCAAGCCCUGCAGGCGUUGCCAGGAUGCUGUAAUAGACUUGUAGCAAAUAGACAGAGCGGUGUUAAGGGGACGCACCCGUGAUAUGGGCAGGGGGAUCUCAUAGAUCUUCAUAGCAUACUUGGAAAGGCGUUUUGGCUUAUCCUAAUAUAUCUAGAUUUGAAACUCGGUCAAUCAUUUCUGGUGGACCCCGUGGACAUGACCGAAUGAAUUCCACAUUUAACAUACACAUUUUAAAUAUAGCCAAAAUUUGUAUAGUGAUAUAAAGUCUAGUUACCAUUUUGUCGUUGCGUGUCACUACUACCUGUUUCAGACGUCGAACUUUUCAUGUGCCAAAUCGAAUGCAAAUGAACUUAAACAAAGACUUUAGCUCCAUUAACAAUAGUUACGGCAGAUGAAAAGUUCGACGUCUAAAACAGGCCUACGGUUACAAGUCAUAAAUACCCUGGAAAAAGGUUGAUGUAAGUUUAUAUCUUGUCUUGUGCAUCAAGUGGUAUGCAAGUCAGUCUUCACUUGUCGCAGGGAUACAAGACACUCUUUUACAUCCGUCACUUGUACACGACAAGAAACGACCAAAUGGAAACUAGGCUUUACAAGGCUGAUUCCUAAAAGUGUAGGUUAUCUCAAGUAAAUGUAUUUAUGACAAUCUAAAGUAUUGAACCCUUGAGAUGUAGGUAUGUGAACAACUAAUCAUGCCACCGCGGAUCUCUUCCUUACAGAAGAAUCGGGCGGGGUGUUAAGUUAAGGGGGGGACCCAUGUUUAACAGGGAACCACACUAAUGAGGCACAACCACUGACGUAUAUUAGAUAGUAUAGGUCAGUGGGUACAACCAUACAUAUUUGCCACCAAACCAAGCAAUGAUUUUUCCGGGUACAAAGAUCGGCGAUACGUAGGUUUUCGUUCUUAAACUAAAGCCAGGCGCACACGACGCGAUUUUCGUUGUGCGAUUUUAAUCGGCAAAUAUCAAACUGUUGCAGUCUGCCGAUUAAAAUCAUUUCGCAAAAUGACAUCGCACACGCAAGAAUUUAGUCGAA